UCAGAACGGUAGCGAACGAUGACGAAAUUGUACGUUUUGUCGGCGGGCGUCAAAAAACUUUUAUAUUAGUUUGUAUUAUUAUUUCUUUUUUUUUUGUAACAAUAGAAAAGAAUUUUCACAAUUAAAGCACAAAAUUAAAAAAAAGUCUCAAAAUAAAUUCACGAUCGAAAACGAAUUAUAAAAAAAAAUAUAUACAUAUAUAAAAAUAAAUAUUUUGCACGGAAAAUAGUGUAUUUUAUUUUUGUUAUUUUAUUUGAAAUAAAAUAAUUGUGAUGAAUUGAAAUGAUGAAAGUUUGUGUUACAUCUUGCUUCGCUUGAUUUGCAUUUCUUUGUAAAUUUCAAUUUUUUUUUUCUUUUAAAUAAAAUGGGAUAAGUGACAAAAUAUUUUUUUAUUAAUUUGAGAAAAAUAUUUUUUUUAAAACUAAAAUUAAUAGGAAAAAACCUAUUGUAUGCUUAACAGUGCUUUGAAAAAUAAUUAUUUUUAAAUUGAAAGUGUUUUUAAAAGAGGAAAAAAAAAAUAAAAGUCUAGAAGGAAAAAAAAAGAGUUAAUAAUCAAUAAAGUAAAAAAAAAAAAACGAAUGUGUUUUUUGUUGUUGUUGCUUGUAUAAGUAUAUAAUAAUAUUGUAUUGAAAUUUCAAAAAAAUAUAUUAUUGAAAAAUAAAAAGAAAAAAACUAAUUAAUUUUUAGUGUUCAAUAAAUAAAGUGAAUGAAUAAAAUAAUAUAUUUACAAUAUUAUUGGGAUUAAUAUUAUAAAAUUACUAAGAAGUAGAAAUUUAGGUCCUACCAUUAUAAAAUUCUGAACAUUAGAAUUUUGUUCAGUUUAUUAGAAACUGAAAGCGAUAUAGGUACUAAGUGAAUAACACAAAAAUUGAUAUUCACGCAUGACAUUUUCAUUUGAUUUGGAUACGAAAUUGUAGCACAAAAAUUGUGUACGUGUUUUUGUCUUAAACGAGAUUUUAGUAAAAGAUUUCAAAAUGAGUAAAUCAACACAUCACAUAAAGCAACAGCAACAAAUGAUGUUGGAUGAGACAGCAUCAAUGGUCGCAGAAAUGUUUGAUCUCUUUUGUGGGGCGACAACAAUGAGACAAAUUUUGGGUCUUUAUCGUAAUAUUUGUGAUUCAUUAAAUUUAAGGCCAGGUCCGUUAAAUGAUUUUUAUCCAAAAUUAAAAUCAAAAAUACGAAGUUGGAAAGCUCAAGCUCUAUGGAAAAAAUUUGAUACAAGAGCACAACAUAGGGUAUAUUGUAAAGGAACUGCAUGUAAUGGAUCAAGAGUACUUGUAAUAGGAGCUGGUCCAUGUGGUUUACGUACAGCUAUUGAAGCUCAAUUAAUGGGAGCUAAAGUUGUUGUUGUAGAAAAAAGAGAUCGAAUAUCACGUAAUAAUGUAGUUCAUUUGUGGCCUUUCGUUAUUACUGAUUUAAGGAAUUUGGGUGCGAAAAAAUUUUAUGGAAAAUUUUGUGCCGGUUCCAUAGAUCAUAUAUCAAUUAGACAAUUACAAUGUAUACUAUUAAAAGUAGCUUUAUUACUUGGUGUUGAAAUACAUGAAGGUGUUUCAUUUAUAAAUAUUAUUGAACCAUCAGAUGGUUUAGGUUGGCGUGCCGAUGUAUCACCAGAAGAUCAUGCAGUAUCACAUUAUGAAUUUGAUGUGUUAAUUGGUGCUGAUGGUAAACGAAAUACAUUAGAAGGUUUCAAACGUAAAGAAUUUCGUGGUAAAUUAGCAAUAGCAAUAACAGCGAAUUUUAUUAAUAAAAAAACUGAGGCUGAAGCAAGAGCUGAAGAAAUAAGUGGCGUCGCUUUUAUUUUUAAUCAAUCAUUUUUUAAAGAAUUAUACCAAACUACAGGAAUAGAUUUAGAAAAUAUAGUAUAUUAUAAAGAUGAAACACAUUAUUUUGUAAUGACUGCAAAAAAACAUAGUUUAAUUGAUAAAGGUGUUAUAAUGCAGGAUUACAUUGAUCCAGCUGAAUUAUUAGCAUCAUCGAAUGUAAAUACAGAAAGAUUGUUAGAUUAUGCACGUGAGGCUGCCGAAUUUUCAACAAAAUAUCAAAUGCCAAAUUUAGAAUUUGCUGUGAAUCAUUAUGGUAAACCAGAUGUUGCAAUGUUCGAUUUUACAUCAAUGUUUGCGGCAGAAGCAUCAUCAAGAGUUAUAGUAAGAAAAAAUUAUAGACUUCUUCAGUGUCUCGUUGGAGAUAGUUUAUUAGAACCCUUUUGGCCUACAGGAUCUGGUUGUGCUAGAGGAUUUUUAUCAAGUAUGGAUGCAGCUUAUAUGGUUAAAUUAUGGGCAAAUCCACGAAAUAGUAUAUUAGGUGUUUUAGCACAACGUGAAAGUAUAUAUAGGCUUUUAGCUCAAACAACACCAGAAAAUUUACAACGUGAUAUUGGGGCUUAUACGGUAGAUCCAACUUCCCGAUAUCCAAAUUUAAAUAAAUCCAUAGUAACUGUUUGCCAAGUAAAACAUUUAAUUGACACCGAUGAUAAGAAUCUUUUAGAACAAUCUCAUAUGGAUGUAAACGCAUUUGUACCUGCAGAAACACCAAUGAGAAGAAAGAGACGUACUGGAGAUACAUUACCAUUGAGUGCUGUUAUAUUACGGUGGAUUAAAGCUCAAUUGCAUGCUCAUGAUUUUAUGCAAAAUAUAACAGAAGUAUCGGAAUGUUUCACCAACGGAAAAAUUUUAUGCGCUUUAAUUAACAGAUAUCGUCCGGAUUUAAUUGAUUUAAAUUCAAUUAAAGAUCUAACAGCAAUUGAAUCAAAUGAAUUAGCAUUUAAAAUACUAGAAACUGAUUUGAGUAUACCUCGUGUCAUGAGCUCAAAAGAUUCAAUUAAUUUAGAGAAUAUUGAUUCAAAAAUAUGGUUAAAUUAUUUGGAACAGAUAUGUGAAGUAUUUCGCGGUGAAAUACCACAUGUCAAACAUCCUAAAUUGGAUGUUUUUGAAUUACGUGAUAAAUCUGCUAAAGAUAAACAACAAGCAGCAGACUUUUCUCGUCUAUUAAAUCGUAACACAAAGAAAGCUAAAUCACCUAUGCAAGAGAUUGAUUUAACAGCAGGUGUCCAUAGGCGUAGUAUAUUAGAUGAAGAAAAAAUAAGAAGACAACGGAAGUAUGGAAGUGAUUCACCUGGUCAAAUGGACACUUCAAGGCGUGCUAAAAAAAGAAGAAGUCAAGAAAAAUCAGCUAAUAUAGAAGAAAGACAAGAGAGACUUAAAGAUAUUGAAGCAAAUCGACUUGAACGUCAAUCAAAACGAAAACAACAGCGUUACCAGCAAAAUUUAAAUUUUUACAAAAGUCUUCAUAUGCUUCAAGCCGGUCAGCUUUUAAGAGAAGGUCUAGAACAAAGACCAUUUGAAGAUUAUUCAAUUUAUAUGUAUCGUCAAAAUGCACCAGAAUUUAAUGAACGUGUUAAAGAACUUGAAAAAAAGUUAUUGUAUCCUGAUAGAGAACGUGGAAUUCAAUCAAGCUUUCCUCGAGGCGGCAACGAUAUUAAUUUUAGUGAUCGUAUUAAAUCAAUGGAACAACAAAUAACAUCAAAAGGUUCAGGAGUUACAGAAAAAAAGCCUAAAGAUUUAUUGCGUGCUAUUGGAAAAAUUGAUAGUAGUGAUUGGCAAAUACGUGAAAUUGAGAAAAAAAUGCAACAAUCUAAAAAAACUGAAACAACAGGGAAGUCAAGAGAAAAAGUACCAAAAUGGAGUAAGGAACAAUUUUUGGAUCGUCAGAAUAAGAUGUCAAAACCACCAAAUGAAGGAGAAGAGGAAACUGAUGAAAAAUUUAAAGAAAUUGAUGAAACGUUAAAAAAUCUAGAUAAGCAAUUAAAAGAUGGCUCUUUACUGGAAAUUGGUCAGCGUGGUAAAAACAAAGUUGCAUCAAUUGCAGGUCAAUUUGGCAAAAAAGAAGAUUCAUCCGAUGAAAAACAAUCACAACCUGUUGCAAAAUCUAAUUCAAAAGUAGCUUUAGUGUUCAGUAAGCAAACAACAUCAGAAAAGUGCCAUUUCUGCAAACAAACAGUGUACUUAAUGGAAAAAGUAACAACAGAAGGUCUUACGUUACAUAGAUCCUGCCUAAAAUGCCAUCACUGCCACACGAAUUUACGAUUAGGAGCUUAUGCUUUUGAUCGUGAUGAUCCUGAUGGUCGAUUCUAUUGCACACAACAUUUCAAAUUGCCGGCUAAAGCUGUUCGGCCUGUUGUUAAAAAAUCUAAACCAAAGAAACCAUUAGCCGAUACUACAAAUAUCGACAAAGAUGAUUUAAGACGCGGUCGUCCGGAAGCUGUUGCUCAAUUAGAUUUACUAGAUCGAGGUCAAACACCAGAACGAAUAGAAUUCGAAAAUGCUGAUGCAAUGUCUGAUGGUGAACCAUCCUUAGGCAAUAUAAUGGAUGAAAAUGAAUGGACUGAUCGUAACUUUGUCAGCGAUAGUGAUGAAUCAGAAUCAGAUUUAUCCAGUUCCGAUGAAUCAGAUGAGGAAUCGGAAUCUUUUGAUGAUCCCGAUGAGGGAUCACCCAUCGCGCAAACUUUACAAUUGGCAACCGAUUGGAUAGGUAAACAAAGAUAUAAUAAUGAAAGUGAUGACAGUGACAUCGACUUUUAUGAUUCCAGUGAAGGAAUGUUAGAUGAUGACGAUGCUGAUAGUCAAACGGAAGGUGAAGAAUUUAAAAAGGCUCGUGAAAUGAGGAGGCAGGAAGUAAAGUUACUACCUUUGCCACCAAAUUUGCCAACUGAUACAGAAACAGAGGCAGUAUCCAAUGCAGAUACCCAAUUUUGUAGUAAGAAUAAUAGUAAUGAAAAUAUAAAUACUAUUAAUAACAAUAAUAGUAAUAUCAAUAAUGAUAACAAUAAUAAUACUGAAAAUAAUAAUAAUAAUAAUAAUAAUAAUAAUAAUAAUAAUAAUAAUAAUAAUAAUAUUAAUAAUAUUAAUAAUAAUAAUAAUAAUAAGAAUAAUAAUUAUAAUAGUAAUAAUAAAAAUAAUGAUGGCAAUGUUAAUGUAGAAAAUAUUGUCAUCAGUAAUUAUUUAAAUAUGAAUCAAGGGGAUCAGGUUUUAUGUAAUUCCAACAAUGAAAAUGGAAUUCAAGAAGGCAAAAUUAUAAAUGAUAUUAAUGAUAACAGCAAUACAGUUAUUCGAGAUGAAAUAAGCUCUGCCAAUGAUCUUAAUGAGUUAGACCUACUAAAAGAAAUUGGAAAACUGCCGGAAAACAUUAAGAACUUCUUAGAGAAUUCACCUGAACUAAGUGGUGGAAACACUAUUGAAAAGAGUGAUAGAACUCUUCUCGCCAAUAACUCAGCAGAUCCUAAUAGUUCUAUUGCGUUGAGGAAUGCUUUAAAAGUUUUAGAACGAGAUAUGGGGAGCAAAUUAAAUACUGGAAUAGAUUCUUUGAACGAAAAACUUUUUCAGCUUCAAAAUAUUGUAAAAUUAAGUAAAGAUGUUGAAAAUAUUGAAAAGGAAAAUAUUGUGAAAAACGAUAUUAAAAAGAAACUUACUUUGAAAGAAAAAUGGCUGAGCGAUUUCAAUGCUAAUGUUGCUUUAAUGCAAAAUUCAAAACAUGACCAGAAUAGCAAACAUUCUCCAGAUAAUAAAGUUUCAAAAAUUGAUGAAAUAAAAAAUGAGUUAGCGCAAACACAAGAACCUAAAACAAAAAACAAAGAGGAAGCUAUUAAAAACAAGCUUGAUGAAAUUCGUAGAGAAAUUCAGGAAGAAAAACUCAAAGCGGCUGAAGAAGCUAAACUGAAAUUAUUAAAGGAAAAGGAAGCUAAACAAAUAGACUUAGAGGAAGAAGAUGUUUUUCUUGAUUGCGUAGAUAACGAAAAGUCUGAUCGGGAUUUUGAAAAUAUUUUAGAAUCCAUCGAAGAGCAAAGUGAAUCGUCUAAGAUAAAUUUUAGACCAAAAAUAAAAAAUUUAAAUGAUCAAUUAACAUCUGUUCUUGUGGAUGAUAAUGAUAAUAAUAAUGAAAAAGAAAGAUAUUUUGAUUUUCAGCAACUAAAGAAAAAAUUUAAUAAUCCAAAGUAUGAUCCUGAUAUUGGCCAGUUGUUAUAUGACAUUGAAAAUCGUUUUUCCCCACCAACGGAACGAAAAAUGAGUAAUGCAUUAAAAACAAUUGAAAAUCAAAGUUUUUCUGAUACUCGCGGGGCUAUAGCUUCUCAAAUAAGUACCCCUAAAAUAUCAAAACAAGCUUCUUUAGAUCUUUCAAAAUUCUUCCCUUCUCAAAAAUUGGAGAAAUCGGCUACUGUUGUAACAAAACAACCCCAGAAAACCUUAAAAGAUGUUGACUUAAAUAAAUAUUUUCCUAAAAGUCCUGUUCCUCAACGAAAAAAUAGUGUUACAAAUUGUUCGCAACCUGCUGGUGGUAUACGUAGAUCACAAACAGAAAAGACCAUUCCAGCUCUAUAUAAGCCAACAAUGAAAGAAAAAAUGGCUCAGGCUGCAAAAACUGCUAAAUUAUCAAACGAAUCUUUGGAUACUCCAUCAUCACCGAAACCCAAAAUUAAAGCUAAAAUUAGUUGUCUUCAAAAGCCAACUGCUAAGGAAAAGUUAAAUAUGCAGAAUGAAAAAAAUCUAAAUUCAGAAAAAAGCGAUAAUAAGUCAUCGGGCAAAGUUCAACCAUCUUCAAAAAUACCAGAACUCGUUAAAAAACCAAAACCAAAUAUAUUACACUAUAAACCCACAAUUAAAGAAAUAAUAGGUUCGGUUUCAAAUGAAAGCCAGACAAAUGAGGAUUUUAAUAUUUUUCAUAAUCAACUAGAUGGAUCUGAUGAUAUACUUGAAGAAGAUUCAAAAAAACAAAGCUCGUCAAGUAAAAAAAGUGUUAAGACAACAACGAAAAAUAAUGGAAAAACCGAAAAUGAAUCAAGGUCAUCUAAAAAGAAAACAUUAAAAAAUGUUCAGGAAGAAGUUCCACCAUUGAAGUUGAACAAAGAAAUAAAAAAAGCUGCUGAAAUAAAUGAAAGUGAAUUGGUAGAUUGUGACGACAAUAUUUUGAAUGAAAUUCUCGAUAAUGAUAAUGAUAAUCGUUCACCAAGUUUGGAAUAUCAAAGACUGUUCCAAGAAGAAAAAUCACCAAGCGAAGAUCUUUCCGAUAAAAUUGAAGCUAUACUUGAAAAUUCUAAUAUUGUUUGCAGAUCUGCUAAUAAAAAGAAAAUUACAUCAAAAGCACAAAGCUUAAGUGAAGAAGAGUUUAGAAAGAACCAAAAACUGCUCUUUAAAAUAAAAGAAGAAGGAGAUAGGUCUAAAAUGGAGGAUUCACUUAAAAGAUUUGGAUCACUUAACUUAGUGAAAAAAGGUAAUCUUAGCAGUGAUUCAAAAGAAAAAUUAAGUUUAAGCAACUCAUCAAUACAAAAAUCUACAGAAUCAAUUAAAUCCAAAAACUCCUUGUCAUCUUCUAAUUCUGAAGGGUUAAGUGAUUUAGAGAAAACUAUGGAAUAUUUGAAAUCUGGUUGGAAAAAUGAGGCUAGUUCAUUUUUACAGAAAAAACGGGAUAACUUCUUUUCUAAAACAAAUGAUAAACCGACUACAAAAAAAGAAGAAAAUAAUAAAGGUAUUCGAAAAAGUAAGACUGAAAAUUCAAGUUUAAAUAAAAAUAGUAAAAAUUUAAAAGCAAAAGAUGAAUCAAUUGAAACGAUUCAGAAAAAAGAGCAAAAUAAUGAUGGCAAAAAUUUGAAAAAAGAUCAAAAGAAAGGUAACGACAAUGAUAAAAAUGCUAAACCUGACAGUAGUUCAAAUUUGGAAAAGAGAGAGUUGUUAAAAAGAAGAUUGAGUGAUUCAAUUCGCCAAUCGCUAACUUCCGAUUUGCUAACCGAAACAGAUUUCGACAAUGUAAAUGUAGAUGAAAUUUUCAAUGAAAUUGUUGAGGAACUGAAAACCAAUUCGAUCCAAACUCCUGACAUUGACGAAUAUUUGGGAACAUCAAAUAGUCCAAAUGUUGAUAAAAAAAUAAAAGACAUUCUUUUUGUAAAAACGGAUGAAGCGGACUCCAAACCUUCCAAUAGUAGCAAAAAAAUUGAAGCAGGAAAGAUAUUUGACGUUAAUAGAGAAAACAAAACUCAAACUGAUUUUAAAACAGGACAAGAUUUAAACAAAACUACGCUUCGAGAAACAUCUAGUAAAACAACAGAUAUGUCGAAAUCGGAGCAACAUAAAAUCAGUGAUAUUAAGAGAAAAAGCACGGAAUCCGAAAAUCAAGGGAAUGUUAAAAGUAAGAAGCCUGAGCAAGAUAACCUAAAAGAAAAACAAAAUACUAAUGACAAUAGUUUACCAGAGACUAAAAAUAUAAUUCGUAAAGGCCCACCAGCGCCACCGCCACCUCCGCCCGCUCCUGCUUUACCUCUGUUAAACAAAAAAACCGAUAAUGAAAAUGCGCCAAAGGCAAUACCUUUAGCAAAUAUUAUUCGUCAAACAGCCGGUAAAGUUACUACUAAAAUGCUGCGAAAAGUACCUGCUCCCAAAAUUAAACCAGUUAAAUGGCUUUUUGAAAACGAGCCGUUUACAUUUAAUAUUAUUGGUAAGGAAUCAACUCCAAAGAAUAACGCCGAAAAGCAAAAUAAAACAACAAGUUCGAAUCAAGAACAAAACGAUUCAAAACCCAAAGAUUUAAAAGAAUGCAUUGAAGCAAUAAGGUCCAGAAGUCCAAGCCCAUCUUCUAUUCCUAACUCAAAGAAAAGUUCAACCGAUACUACAGAUAGCAUAGACAAAUUAUUCAGCCAGUUUCCAGAUGACAUGUUAGUUGAUGUUGAAUUUGAUUCUGAGGACGAAUUAGUAUCUAUAACUCCACUGGCUGUUAUAAAAAAGGUCAAUGACGAAAAUGUUGAUGAAACAUUUGAUAAUCUAUUCGGUGAAAGUAAAAUAACUGUAAAAGACAUUGAUAACUUUAAUGAUUUAUUAAAAGAGGUUUCACCUUCACUAGAAAAAGAAGAAACUUUAAAAAUACAAAAGCAAAAUAAUAGUCUUUCGGAAACUUCAAAGAUUUUAGAAUUUUCGCAAACAUUAAAAGAGUCAGAAAUAACUGGUAAUGCAAAUACAUCAAAUUCUGUUUCUAGUGCGUGUAUUAGUGGAGGUGACUUGCUGGUAUCUAAUAAUAGCGACAGUGCAAGAACAUCAGCGUCUAUUCCUAGUAUUUCUCCUAGCCCAGACUUACAAAUACAUGCUAAAGAAGUAAGUGCUAAUAAAGAGAUAUCGAAGGUAAAUUCCAUUACUCCAGAUGCUCCUAAAGCAAUUAAUAAUGCGAUAGUACCAAAGAUUACUGCUGCUAGUAUUUCUCCAAGUCCAGAAAUUUCAAGAAAACCAAGUACUACUAACGCAACACCAAAGAUUAAUGACAUUAAUGCUACUAAAGAAACACCGAAAGUAAAUCCCAUUACUGCAGAUGCUUCUAAAACAGUCGAUAGUUCGUCUGCACUAAAUACUCAAAAUUCUGGUAUAUCUACCUGUCCAGUUUCAGAAAAAGCAAGUGUUACUAAUACAACAUCAAAUAUAAACGCUCUUUCUGCUACUAAGGAACUGCCGAAGACAAAUUCAGUUACUUCAAAUGUUCCUAAAGCAGUUAAUAAUUCGACAGUACUAAAAUCUUCAGUUUCUAGUAUUUCUCCCAGUCAAGAUAGUUCAGGAAAAGAAAGUACUACUAAUGCAACACCAAAGACAAAUACUGCAACUGCUACUAAUGAAACCACGAAGGCAAAUUUUGUUACUUUAGAUGCUCCCAAAGCAGUUAAUAAUUCGACAAUAAUAAAAUCUCCAGCUUCUGGUGUUCCUCCUAGCCCAGAUUCUUCAGGAAAAGCAAGCACUACUAAUACAACACCAAAGACAAAUGCCGCUACAACUGCAAAGGAAACAUCGAAGUCAAAUUCCGUUAUUUCAGAUGCGUCUAAAGUAGCUGGUAGUUCGACAGUGGUAAAAUCUCCAGCUUCAAGUAUUUCCCCCAGUCCAGUUUUAGAAACAGCAAAUACUACUAAUACAAAACCAAAGGCAAAUAUUGCCACUGCUGCUAAGGAAACACCGAAGCCAAAUUCUGUUACUUCAAAUGCUCCUAAAGCAGCUGAUAGUCCGACAGCGCUAAAAUCUCCAGCUUCAAGUAUUUCUCCCAGUCCAGUUUUAGAAACAGCAAAUACUACUAAUGCAAAACCAAAGACAAAUGUUGCCACAGCUGCUAAAGAAACACCGAAGCCAAAUUCUGUAACUUCAAAUGCUCCUAAAGCAGCUGAUAGUCCGACAGUGCUAAAAUCUCCAGCUUCAAGUAUUUCUCCCAGUCCAGUUUUAGAAACAGCAAAUACUACUAAUGCAAAACCAAAGACAAAUGUUGCCACUGCUGCUAAGGAAACACCGAAGCCAAAUUCUGUUACUUCAAAUGCUCCUAAAGCAGCUGAUAGUCCGAUAGUGCUAAAAUCUCCAGUUUCAAGUAUUUCUCCCAGUCCAGUUUCAGAAACAGCAAGUACUACUAAUGCAAAACCAAAGACAAAUGUUGCCACUGCUGCUAAGGAAACAACGAAGCCAAAUUCUGCUGCUUCAAAUGCUCCUAAAACAACUGAUAAUCCAAAGUCUUCAGGUUCUAGUAUUUCUCCCAGUCCAGUUUCAGAGAAAGCAAGUACUACUAAUGUAACACAAAAGACAAAUGCCAUCACUACUUCUGAACUAACUAGUAACUCCAAAACCAAUUCUGACAAAGACACUGUUUCUUUUCUUGAAGACAAUAAUAAACCAGGAAAAACUGAAGAAACAGAAAAUAAAUUUCCGCAAAAACCACCUCGCAAAAAUAAAACAUCUUCCAGUUCUAGCCCAGAUUCAAGUAAUAUUCUAGCUAAGGCAAAGGAAGUGGCAAAAAUCACUGAAGAAAUGCCGCCUUCUAUACAAGAUUUAAUGGAAAAUUAUCAUAAAGAAAUAAUUGAUAAUAGAAAUAUUAUAAUAAUUCCUGUUGAAAAUGCUCCAUCACUAACAUUCCCCGCUAAAUUUAUUGAUGCUGAUUUUGAAGAUAUUAAAGAAAAUAAUAAAAAUUUGAAUGAGAAAUUAGAAAAAACAAAUGGAAGCAAUUUGAAAAAAGAAACUGAGGAAAAAGUUAAUCAAAGAUUGAAAUCAGUUAAAGAUUCCAAAGAUACAAAACAGUUUGUUUUACAGGAAAAAAAUGAUAAAGACACUAAAUAUUCAAAACCAAGGAAUUCUCUUACAUCUAAUGAUAUUUCUGCACCUUUACUGAUCUCAAAAAGUUCAAUAGGAUCUCUAGAUAAUGCAGAAGUGGACAACAGAAAAGUAAGUGACAGCUUUAGACGCACAUCAUCUCACAAUUUACAAAAAUCUCCUGAUGUAUUGAUUGAUUCUAAAGAUUCUACAAAAGUAAUACAAAAAGAACAAUUAUCUCUUAAUAUAGAUAACUUAAAAGAAACUACGACAACACUUUCAAAGGAAAAAGAAAACAAAAUUAUUUCAAAGCCUGAAACAAAUAAAGUAUUUGAAAAAAUUGAAAAUAAAUUGAGGAGAAAAUCUAAUGAUGUAGCUGAUAAACAAAACGAUGAUUGGAAAAUAAUUGAAAAACUAGAAAAAGAAAGAUUAAUAGCUUUACACAAACGUGAUGAAGUCUACGCAAAUCAAAACCAAGAUUCGUUUUAUGCAACACCUUCUUCAAGAUUACAAAAACAAACAUCACAAGAAUCGCAUAUAUUACAACUAUCACCAACAACAACUAGCACAACUGACGUACAUGAAUCAGCUCUGUCUAAGCCUUCCUCAGAUUUGGAAUUAAAUCAAACAUCAUUACUUGAAAGAAGAACUAGUGCUUCACUAUUAGAUGAUAAAGGUGAUUCAAGUGUUACGAAAACAAUGGCCCAAGAAAACAAUAAACCUGAAGAAUCUGAAGUUAGCUUUGAUAUCAAAAAUCCAAAAAUAGAAUCUUUGAAAAAGCAAAAGUGGUUGUCAUCAGACAAUCUUGAUAAAAAGCCUUGUUGGCCCGGUUUGGAAGAUGAAGAUGAUAUAAUUGAAAAUCAAUUAAAUAAAGCAAAAAGCUUAACUCCACAUUCCAGUGAAGUGGAAAUGCCAAUAAAAUCUAAUAUACCAAAAUCAUCUAAUGAUUCUUCUGUUGAUAGAGGAACUCAAUUACUCUUAGAAAGAAGUCAAUGGCUAAGAGAAAAAAAAAGAGAUUUCAUGGAUGAAAAGAAGGGUUGCAAUAAUCCUUAUAUAAGAAAAAUGAUUGAUUCGGAUAGGACAUAUCACGUAAGAAAUACUUAUGAUGAAAGCGAUAAUGAUGAAGAUCUAAUGGAAUCGUAUCGCCCUACACCACGUAAAUAUUUUCCAACUUCGUCAACGACAAGAUCUUCAAGCAGCGGACGACGUUAUAAUACUAGCACAUAUAUACCAAAUAGUACUAGUACAUACACAACUUCCGCUUAUAAUCCUACUUCAACUAGUUAUAUGCCAAGUACAAGUGGAUACAAUGCCACCAGUUCUUAUUAUUAUCCUAGUUCUAGUACUUAUUAUAACAGUGGUGAAGAUUAUCAUACUUCUAGAUUACCAAAUUACAGUAAUUCCCGAUAUACAAGUCCAUAUAGUAGUUCGACUGGUUAUAGUAAUUCACGAUCGUAUAAUGAUUAUUCUAAACGUAGUCCGUCCAACACAAAAGACUCUUGUCGACUUUCAUAAAACUUAAUUCGUUAACAAUAAUAAAUAAACAACAGAACAAAAUAAUCAGAUGUUGUAGUUUUACAUUUAAGUUUUCAUCUUUCCAAAAAUGUAAUUUAAUUUCCAAAAAUCGUUAAUUAUUUUUUAUUGGUAUUAAAUCUAAUUUUUUUAAAGUCCUCUUUAUUUAAAUAAAUAGAGUCAAAUAUAAUUAUAGUUUAUUAAUAAUGUUUAUAGUUGUAAUAAUAAAAAUAAUAAUAACUAAUAAGAAUAAUAAUAAU